CCUCUUGCGGUAAACAGCCUCAAAAAUCAGCGCUGCCUGUGUUGGCAUCUCCACCUGGUUCCCUCCAGGUUUUCCUCUCUGAAAUGGAGCUCCCCAUGCAGGGCUACUCUUCGAACGCCUCCGCCCUCUUCCCCAACAGCAGCAAGCCGCCCAACGGCACCGAGAACUACACCGGCCACCAGUUCACGGAAGUCGACCUCUUGGAAAUCCUGGGUCCCAAGCGCUCGCCCUUCUUCCUCCCCAUCGCCAGUGUUUACCUGCUCAUCUUCCUCUCCGGCCUGUCCGGCAACGUGCUCACGUGUGCAGUGAUAGCAAAGCACAAGAAGAUGCGAAACCCCACCAACUUCUACCUGGUGAGCCUGGCCGUGUCCGACCUCCUCGUGCUGCUGUUCGGCAUGCCGCUGGAGGUCUACGACCUUUGGAACAACUACCCGUUCCCCUUCGGCGCCGGCGGCUGCUACUUCAAGACCUUCCUCUUCGAGACGGUCUGCUUCGCGUCCAUCCUCAACGUCACGGCUCUGAGCGUGGAGCGGUACGUGGCUGUGGUGUACCCGCUCAAAACGCGCUACCUGUCCACCAACCGGCACGCCAAGCGGGUCAUCGCCGCCGCGUGGGCGCUUUCGAUGCUGUGCGCCGUCCCCAACACCUCGCUGCACGGCAUGUUCUACGUGCCAGAGAGGAUGGAGGAGUCGGCCAUAUGCACCGUGCUGAAGCCGCUGUGGAUCUACAACGUGGUCAUGCAGGUCACCACGGCGUGCUUCUACUUUGUGCCCAUGAUGGUGAUGGGCGUGCUGUACCUGGUGAUGGGCCUUCACCUGUGCCGGGAGAGGCGGCUCCCCGGCGGCGCGCUGGGGAUGAACUGCGGCGGCGUCGUUCGAAGGAAGAACAGCGUGAACGGACGUAGGAGACAGAUAAACAAGAUGCUGUCAAUCGUGGUGGCGGUGUUCGGAGUCUGCUGGGCGCCCUUCCACAUUGAGAGGCUCCUCUGGAGCUCCAUCACCCAGUGGACCGACUUGAUGCACAACGUCUACCAGUACGUCCACAUCGUGUCCGGCGUCUUCUUCUACCUCAGCUCCGCCGUCAACCCCGUCAUCUACAGCCUGCUCUCCACGCGGUUCAGGGAGUGUUUCCGAGAGCUGGUUUGCUCGCAGCAGGAGGACAGCAGCUCCGUCAGGGACUCGCCGCCGCUGCCCACCACCCUGCUGGAGCCCCGCGUCUCGAGGGCCGAAGCGAGGGCCGAAGCGAGGGCCGAGGGGAAGGACUCCAACACGGGCCUCCCGUUGCUGCCGGACAACGUGGCGCUGGGCGUGGACGCCGCGACCGCCACGCGUGCACGCUCAGAUGCUUCUGUGUUCUGACCCCACGUCGGCUUCUAGAAGCUGAUCCAGCAACCAUCGUAGCCAUCGACCUUACCUCAACUAAAAACACUAACACAUUGUAGCACUUAAACUUGUACUGAUAAUGGCUCUUGUUUCUUGUUUGUAUCAUUAUGGUUGAAAUGAACUUGUUGUAAGUCGCUUUGAAAGCGUCAGCUAAAUGACCUGUAAUGUAAUUUAAUGUGAUGUUGGACAUUUCGGGAGUCAGAUGAGACGAUCUAGACCACUCAUAGUAUCCGUUUAAUUAGCUUGGUUUAAAGGCGAGAAGCGGGAAAGUCACAAAAGCCACUUAGCGGCAAGGCUAACGCUAACUAAUCAAUACAUCGCUGCGUAUUUCUUUAAUCUGUAAAAAACUAAACUAAAAAGACAGUGAAAUUUGAUUUGAUUUGAAGUAUUUUAUUUCUUGAACAUGUAGACAUUUAAAAAAAAAAAAUAUUUAAAUUUAUUUAAAAAUCAACAUAGACAUACUGUAGACCACAAAAUUAGAAAAGUCACCUUUUGUUCAAGAAAAGGAGUAGAGAGAAGCAAAAGCUUAUAGAUACCCACCCCUAUCUUAUCCAUAAAAAAAAUAAAUUUCUAUAACUGUGUUACUUAUUAAAUCACCUUGUGUUACAUUUUCCCCUGUUCUCACAUGGCGUCUGAGUCUGGGUUUCAUGACAUCAAAAAUGUAUUCGUACACUAGGUACACAUCAGAGACACAGAUAUAAUGUGGAUUUAACAACGUGCUAAUCAGCGGAUUCUCUUGUUUCUACUCUUUUUAUGCUAAGCUAACGGUCUCCAGUGGUUUUGAUAUUCUCCUUUACGUCUCUGCAAGAAAAUGGACGCCAUUAAGUUCUAAAAGGUUCUUUCAAGCUUGCAUUCACACAGAGUUCGUAUGUGGACUUGUGGAUUUGUUAAUUAGUCGCUUUGAAUAGUUUUGUUGGAACUGUGCCUCCGUAUUUCACCUGCUGUCUUAUUCUGUGAACGCUGUAUGCCUUAGAAGUCGAAUUCAGGGGAAAGUGGGGACAACGCAAUCUGAUCUAAACGAUGCAGUAUGUGAUAUUGUACUUGUUUUGUUUUCAUAUGGACCGUUGAUAUGUUGCUGGGCAGUGAGACGGUCAACUGCUUCUUCUCUGUGAUUCAGUGGAACUUGUGAAAUAAGACACUUCUGUCUCCUGCCGCGGAGGCCCGCAGUGGUGCACAUCAUUUGAUUGAAUGGUCAGCCCUUAUUCAAUGUGAAUGCAAAAUAAAAAAAUCAAUUGGCCUGCUGUGCAAUGCCUGAUUUAAAUAGAUUAUUUCAUACGCAUGCUCUUCAUGACAUGAAUAUGCAUCAUUCCUCAAAAUGAUUGUGUUGCUCAGUGUGCUGUGUGUGAUUGUUGCCGUAUGGAAGGUUGCAUCAGCCUCCUCUGGCAUUUAUCUCAAAUAGCGAAAGCUAAGAAUUAUUAACGGGUUUUAUUUGUUCCUUUAAGUCAUCCAUUGGAAUAAAAUCUGUGGGCCCUCAAAACAAAGCGUUGAAUAUUUGAUUGGCGGUUUCAAUAUUCAUCUACUGCCAUGUGGAUACAGUGGAUUUAUAUUCUAUACAUUGCCAACAUUUUAUCUUUUUAAACUCGAUUCUGUCAUUUUUCCGCACUAGUCACAGCAGUGUGUUAGAGGUUGAGACCAGCUGGGGUCCAUUUUUAGGGAUCAAACAGUAAUAAGCCAGUGAGCCAAGAAAAAGCCUCUCUGCUUUUGAUUGCUACAUUAUUUGACAUAUUUGUGUCGGCCUCACAUAAAAUCAGCUUUUACUUUCUGUGGCAGACUGUCUGUAUAUUUGCGUGUAGCAUUAAAGUCCU